AGAUGAAAACAAAGAGAAUCAUCACAGGCACAAGCGCGAUACUAAGGAGGAGAAGAAAACGCAGUCUCAUCAGGAGAAAAAUGUGGUUCAUCUACGUCUGCGAUGAAGGAGAGAAGGAGCUCGCUAGACAGAAAGCCCCUGGAUCUUGCCCUCACUGUGGCGGUAAAGUCGAAGCCAUGGACGUUGAGAUCCAGCGCAGGUUCUGCUUCUUGCCUCUCUGCUUCACCAUCAAGCGCAAGUUCUUCUGCACUCUCUGUGCUCGUCGCUUAGAAUUAUUCUUCUAGAGUCUACCAGAUCUUCCUUUCCUCCUCCUUUAACUGCUCUCCAAGUCGAAUCCUUGUUCUCAGAACCGGAAUCGCGUCUUCUAGUACAUAUAUUCAUGUCAAAUAUGUGUCCAAAUUGUAAUUCAGUCUCUGAGCGGGGGUUCUUUGUAUGUAAAUCUCUUUGCUGUGUUUGAUUUUUUUUCUUCAUGAUUAUUCGGUUAUUUUUCUAGCGAUUUGGAUUUUUGAGGUAUUUGAAGCAUUAAGAAUUUUGCUUGUAGUUGCUGUGCAGGUGAAUGGAAACCAAGCUGCCCUGAGUCCUAACUUCUAUAACGUCUAACCGAUCGGUAUUGGAGAAGAGGUCGUCGUGUUUAUCUCUGCACCUAAAAAUAAAAAAUGUAUUUGAUGGUGGUUGGAGAAGAAUGCAUCCCCCCAAGUUUUGGCUUACUAUUUUAUUCCCAUUUCACUCUCUACGCUUCUCUUCCUUCCUUCAUUUAAUAUUUGAUAAAAACACAGUCCCUAUUAAAGUGACAUGGAAUA